AUGGCAUUCUCAAAUGAGAAUGAGAAAAAGCAAAACCACAACCAACAAGUCUUUGAAGUCAAGCAAUUUGCUCCAUCAGCCCUCUUUUGUUCUUACCAUAUGACAGAAAUGGCAGAGAAGCCAAGCAAUUUUUCUGUGAACUAGUCUUGAAGCUAUGCGAGAAGGAGAUGAACUAUGGCAUUGCUAUUCAUUGGCUGAGAGCAAGACUAUCCUUUGACCUGUUAAGAUCAGCAGUGUUAUGA